AAUUGUCGAUCGGACACAGCAUUGCACCGGAUUACCUGAAAGUCUUGAAGAAAAUCGACCAGAAAUUCGUUUUACCAAUGGAUUCCCGGAGCUUUGUUGAAUUGAACCCAACCUGGAACACUCAAGGUCCUUACGAUAUUCAUGUUUGCUUGAAUUGUAAUUUUGAAAAUGAAGAAAAUGGUUCUCAAGAUGAAACCCGUUCUUCUGGCUCGGUCAUCAUCCUUUCCAACUCUGACCAAUCAUCGCCAAAGCCCUGCAUGCUUCAAAUCAGCUGUAAGCCUGGAGCCGAGUUGCUAGCCAUAUCUGUAGUGAGCAAUGCUCGUCAUGCUGAGGUGAAUGAUAACACGGAUGGUUACCUGAGCACUGCAAGAGGCCAGAGGUUGGAGCCGGAAGCCAGAGAAGGCGAUGAUGAUGAUGUCAUGUAUAAGAAGGAGAUCAAGUUGGAUAGAUCUUAUAAUAGUGUUAAAUUAAAGUUUGUAUCUCUGGCUGACAAGAACCUUCUCCAUCUCCAUCACAUUAAACUGACAUUGACGAGAAGCAACGGUAGCAGGGAGACGCCUCUUCAGGAUCGUCAUGGCAACAUAAACAUGGACCAUGUCCGUGGUCUCCUGGCAUCCCAGCAGCCUAUCUCGGAUAAGGCAGAGAGCCUAAUGAACACAAUCGAACAGUACCAGAAGAAUCAAUCAUCAGUAGUUCAAGAUCUGCAGGCCGCUGUGGUGGGAGCCGCAGCCAAUCAGAAGUCAGCCAGCAGUGAUCUAGGCAUGAUGGGACAGAUGGCUAGUCUUCUUUCAGGCUUUUCCCGGAGUGGAGCACAAGGCCAGAUGGCAGCAAGUCCUGAUGUAAUGCUUAAGAUGAUGUCAUCAUUUGAAGGUGGUGGAGGGGAUUCCCCAGGCAAGGAAAGCAUGUAUGGAGCCCUGAAGAUGAUGUGUAGGGGUGUAACUAACAUGAGAUUACAGGAGGAAGAAGAUGCCAACAACAAAGACAAGCAGGACAAAGAAAAAUGUGACGAAGAAGAGAAGAAUGAUGAACCUAGUGCAUCCCAGACCUCUCUUGGAAACCAUCUUGAAUCAUUCCUGGCCGACAUGGAGGCGAAGAUGAUGUCCAGACUGGACGCCAAACUGGACGCAAUACAAACUCACUUUGACCUCAGGUUCAACAAACUAGAGACAAUGCUAUCUGAGCUCACCGCCCAUACGGUGAAUAAGGGUGAACCUGAUGCCAAGGUGAACGGCAUGACAGAGACAAAACCCGCUGCCAAGGAGCAAGAUCCAAGGGCCAAUUUGUACAAGUACUUGUGAAGUAGAACUAUUUAGGCUGAUUCUGCCCACCUCAAUUUGUAAUACAUGUAAUGAUCCAGGUACAUGUAUCAUGUUUGGAAGUUUUUCUCACGAUAGAGUACUCUGGAGCAUUUCAUGAAACAUUAUGGUCAGGGAUUUUCACUCACAAUUUUGCUCUGAUCCAAUCAGAUGCAAGGAUUUUAGUAGCUUAUAACAAAUCAUCAGGGAAAGUAAUUGACUAUUUGUCUUGUGAAAUGCUCCCCAGUGGUGUGACAUUAUCCCAUUGGCAACCGGUUCUAUAUAGUUUUUUGUGGAAGAGCCGCGGUGUAGUGGUUCUGACUCUUGCCUUGUAAACAGAGGGUCAUGUGUUCGAAUCCCACCACGGUGUAGCGUCCUUUGACAAGGCGUUAAUCUACACUUUGCCACUCUUGACCCAGGUGCUAAAUGGGUAGCCGGUAGGAUGCGAAAGUGAUUGUAUGUUUGAAUUUGCCAGCGCCAUUAUGAGGCUGCGAUGAAUGCAAGGAAUGCUCCCCGCGGGGAGUAGAAAUUAUGCACUUUUUGUUUUGGAUUGAAAUGAAUCCAAAGACUGGGGUGAAAAUAUGCUGUAAAGCGCUUUGAACCAUUCUGGGAAAAGCGCUCUAUAAAAACUAGCUAUUAAAGGCCAAGCAUUUUCAGAUUGCAUGGGUAGUAACAAAUCUUUUUCAAAAUUGUACACAAGCAAAUGGGAGGCUGAACAUAGAACAAUCGUGCUGUCACACACAUACCAUCCAAAAUGUACCAUUUCACGGUCAUACAGGUGAGCGUUUCAUGAAAGGACUUGUCAGACGUUUUAUCCGACAAGUCCCAUUUUAUCCGACAGUUGCCAUAGUAACAGUGCUUCUUAGCCAAUCAACAUCAAGGAAAGAUGUCAGAUCUGACAACUUGUCGGGACAAAAAUGUUGAUGAAACACUCCCCUGGUGUAAUCUGUGUAUUGGCUACAUGUGCGCUGCUACAAAUAUGAUGCGCGCUUGAAUCACUGCUAUCUAGACAUGCUGCUCUAGGAUUUUAAUGUUUUCUUGCAAUAUUUUUUCAUAUUUUCAUCUAAAAUAUUAAUAUUCUUCACAAAUUGAUGAAUGGUAGAACUUGCUGUUAGUAAAUAAAAGUGUUUUUCUUUUAUUUCUUGAGCAGUUUCUGCUCAGUAUACUGCCAUACGGCAUCAUUACUACGGAAUUAGCAAAACAGUUGUCACUCGUACCUUUACAAGACUGUAUGCUUAGUAAUUCCUACCAGGGGCCCGUUUCUAAAAGAGUUACAUCUAUGGUAACUUUGUGAUUAUGGCAACUAUUCCAAAAUAUGAGGUAAAUCACAUUUGAAAUAACAAACUGAGUAAAUGUGCCCUCGUGUAUAUCACAUGAUCAUCUGUGUGAAAAAAAAACGAUAACUUUGAAGUGCAAGGAACACAAAAUCUAAACCAUUAACAGGCAGUUUGGUUUUGUGCACAUGUGACAUUAAAUUGUAGCAUACAAACUACCAUGGUAUCAGGGGCCAGCAGCCAAUCACUGUCAAGAACUGUUCUUCGCAUUAACUACAGACCACAGUCUGGUGUGUUUUUGUACUGUUUGUGCAGGUGUAUAUGCACAGUGUCUCAAUAAAUAGGGUCUUCGAUACUAUUUGCACCUAAAAAGACAUCAAUGAAAAUUUAAUGAAAGCUGGAUGGUAGUUUCAUUCAUGGCAGUUACCAUUGUUAUAGGGUCUUUGUGACCUGCCCCAGGUCCUCAUUUAUUUCACUUGAUCGGAUUGCAACAUAAUGAUGGUGAAUUUCCUGUGGAAAGACACUUGUUAAUCCACACUUAAACUCUGAUCACGUUUGCCAUACAAAUUAUAAUGUUUUGAUGUAAAAAAGAAAGUAAGAUGUAUGACCUUGUAAACUACACUUUAAUAUGUCACAUUUACACAAAACCAAACUGCCUGUUGAUGGUUUAGGGCCCCAUCUUACAAAGAGUUACGAUUGAUCCGAUCAACUUAAUUCAUUUGAAACAUAGAAAAGCAUACUGAAUUGUCAAGAAAACAGUGACUGUAUGAAUAGACAUCAUAUCUAGAAAAUAUUUUGAACAAACGUCUAUUUUAGAUGUUGACGUUGCUGUCUUUCCAUAGUUGUGGUUGAUUGGAUCAAUCGUAACUCUUUUUAAGACGGGACCCAGAUUUUGCGUUCUUUGAACUUCAAAGUGAUCGCAUAGAGACCCUGUAUUUUGAACUAUGGUAUGGUUAAGUGUGAGCUGUAGUUCUCAAUCAGUACUAAAUUAUGGAAGGCCAAAUCUCCUAAUCACACAAAGCGUUUGAUUUUAUAGAAGAAAAGUCACAUGGGGGAGCAUGUUUUGAAAGAGUGACAAUAUCCCUUUUUUUUAACAGUUACCAUGGUAACAGUUAGACAUAUUUUGCUUAUCAGCCAAUCGAAAACAAGGGAAACUUGUCAGAUGAUAAGUGUUUAUGAUAUUCUCUCCUGCUUUACAUGGGCCCCGUCUUACAAAGAGUUACGAUCGAUCCGAUCAAUCACAACUAUGGACGGCCAGCAACGUCAACAUCUAAAAAUGCAAAUUUGUUCAAAAUAUUUUCUAGAUAUGAUGUACAUUCAUACAUUUAUCGUUCUCUUGAAGAUUCAGUGUGAUUCUCUUUGUUUUAAGGAGAUUGUGCAAAUUCCCUGUAGAAAAAAUCAUGACACUGAUGGAUUUCCAUAGAGUUACGAUUGAUUGGAUCAAUCGUAACUCUUUGUGAGACGGGGCCCUGGUCUGAAAAAGUAAAUCAUAGACUUCAAGCAUAGUUUUACCUAUGGAAGGUCAAGUCAUGUGCGCUUCUUUGUAAUUUCAAUGCGAAAUGCACCAAUAAAUUGAACAUCAACCAAGGGGCAGAUCCAAGAUUUUCCAAAGGGGGAAGAGGCUUUUUUGUUUUAAAAAAAAAUUCUUCACACCCGAAUAAUGAAUAUUUAUGUCACAAAUUUGACAAGCAACAAAGGGGACUUCACUUGCGUAUUUACAACAUUUUCCACUAAAUGUUUUUUAUGGCUCUCUAAGGGGGGGGGGGGGGGCGCCACGGGCUGGAUAAGCCCCCCUUGCAUCCGCCAGUGCAUCAACCAUUAUAGAUUUGUAUCUUGGAAAGCUACCCAUAGUAUUGGUCUGCAGAUUUAUACCAGAGCUCGAGGCCAGGGACUCUCUUGGUGGUUUCAGACCGCCUCGAAGUUCGUCAGUUCCAGGUAUUCUCUGAUCGGGAAAUUUACCCCGAUCAGAAAAUACCAGGUAUUUUGGUAAUGUGAAAGCAAACUACGCGUAAUUUCCCCGAAAGAAAAUACCCGCUAAAUAGUAGGUACUUGGCGAAAUUACGAGAACUUUCGCGGGGAUUUUUCCAAGGUCGCAGGUAUUUUGGCGAUGUGAAAGCAAAUUAUGGGAACUUUUAGCCCAGCGUGUCGUUGGGUGCGGCGCCGUGGGUGGCUGCUGGGCUAGUGAUUUUGAAUCACGCGCCUUGCCUGCUUAUCAGACCAUAUUGCGCAUGCUCAUAACUUCAGGAACUUAUCCCGAAGGGUAUGUUUCAGGGCGGUGUGAAUGCAGAAAUAUUUAAUGGGUAUUUUUCAGCCUAAAAAAGUUCUUGUAAUUUAACGGGGAUUCUUGUGAUCGAGGCGGUUUGAAACCACCUUAUGUCUGGGACUUCCGUCCUCAAGGCCAAGGCCAUUGAGGUUAAGGCACUCUUUGAAUAACAUAGCAAAGGUAUUUACAGUGUGCUUAAAAUUUAGUGAAUCCAACCACAAACUGCACUCCUCAUGCUGAGUGUAGACAACAACACUAUAAUGUUUGGCGAGUCGUGAAAAACAAACUUUAUUGAAUGUGAUAUUUACAACUUGAUUUCACAAUUAAAUAUCUAAAAGAUGGCAGAACUUCAACAUUUCACAUGUUAAAAAUUUUCAUUUUCUGGUGGGGUUCACUAAAUUUUGUGCACCACUGUAGCUGAGUGGUCACAAAUGUUUAAAUCAGUUUCAUGUUUGCCUUUGGUUAGACUCUGAUAUUUAUGGAUUUAAAUUGUUGACAAAAUUGUAUUAUUCAAUUAUGUUAAAAUCAGCUGCACUUACUGUGAAAAUAUGAAAUCGGAUCUGGAACUUGGUUUCGUAGUAGGGUCCAUGGUUUGUUUGACAAAAAACAUUAUUUAUCAUGAAUAAAAAACUGUCGGACAAAAAUGUUGAUGAAA